AUGAAGUUCAAAGGGUUAGUUUCUUCUUUAUCGUUUCUCUUCCUAUUGGGUUCUGGGUUGUUAACGUUUUUUGUUAUUUUAUCGGGGUCGAAAACGACGGGUGUAAUGAGACACUUUUAUUGGUUCGAAGCAGACACUAGGGGAUUCAGUGGGGCUCCAAGCACCACAAGAUGGUAUAAUUACAAAUGGUGUGCUUACGAAAAUGAUAAAGUUGGUUCUUGUUCGGGAAAAAAGGCAGAUAUGCCCUUUUCGCCUAAAGACAACUUUGGGAAUAGUCCAAACCUUCCUAAACAGUUCAGGAAACAUCGGAAUACGUACUAUUAUUUAAGUCGUGUUGGUUGGGCAAUGUUGUUAAUUGGGUUAUUUUUCUUAAUUAUUGCAUUACUUCCAGUGUUACUUUCUAUUUUCAGAGUUGGUAUUGCUACUGUCUUAUCUACCUUGUCAGUGUGGGCUGCUCUUUUCUUCAUUACAGUUGCCGCUUGUUUGUAUACGGCUUGCUAUGUGAAGGGCCGUAAUGCCUUCCAUGAUGCAGGAAGACAUGCAAAGAUGAACAAGAAAAUGUUCGCAUUUUUAUGGACUUCUGUGUUCUUACUUUUAUUAAGUUCAUUGUGGUCUCUAAUUUUGAGUACAUUCUUUGGGAUUCAAAAGACUAGGCAAAGAAAAGAGUAUCAAUAUGAAGGCAAUAGCUCUCGUGACGAUAGUUAUAAUGUGGAAAAGGGCACAUAUGAUAGUGGUGUUAGAGAGCCUUAUUCAGAAAAGAGGAAAUGGUGGAAACCUCGUACUAAGAAGAAGGCUAACACCGUUGUUACAGUAGUUUACAACAAUAUAGUGAAUAAGGUCAAAGGUAAUGACGAAGGAAGUGAGAGUGGGAAGAAUCCUGAAAAUCAUUCUACUGAACAAAAUCAUGCUCAUGGGGAGCAGCCUCAUGACCAUAGUCAACAUCAUAACCACAACCACCAUGGACAUGCACUGACUGAUGAUAAUGACAAAUCCCAUCCUGAUACUCCUGCUAAGGAGGACAGUAAUGACCAUAACCUAGGAAAGAGUCAUCCUCAUAACCCAAACCCUCAAGUUGGAACCUCGACAGCACCGGAUAAAAACUCAGAUACUAAGAGCUUCUCUACAACAAGAAAUAUUGGAGAUCCAACUUUAAGCCGCGAUAGUAAUAGCAGAGCUCCAGCUCCCAACUCUACACCUUUUGGUCACAAUAAGAAAAAAGAACCCCUUCAAAAGACUGACACUCCAACAACUGCUCAACCAGGUCACAGAAGAAAGAGUUCUUUCAAUAAACAGGCUAUAUUAGCUACCUUAGGUCUUGGUAAAUCUGAUGACGAGAAGUCCAAGGCAAAAAAACAUGGCGGGAAUGGUCCUAAACAUGAUUCACCUAAAAACCAAGUUCCUGAAAAGUCUAAACAGACCAAGCCGGACGUUCCAUUGGGAGGUGAAACUGCUGGUAUUCAAUCGAAAAAGAAUCCCGAGAGUGCCCCAGAUGCCAACAAUAAGGACCAUCCAGAUAGUUCACAAAAUCCUGCCUCUCCUAGCGAUCCAACCAAACCACCACUAAAAGGAUCUGCGACAGAGAACUUGCACAACAAUUCUGAGCCUUUAAAUAAAGAUCCGAGAGAAACAGUAACUGAACCUUUGAAGGUAAAAGACGAUGAUAUCUCAGCUGGGCAAGGUAAAUCCAAACAAAGCACCCUUGAACCUAAAAAGUUUGCUGCUGUUAAUGCAACACCCGCUCUUUCAAGUGAAGAAAAACGGGAGAAUCCUCAUCCUUCACAAAAUACAUCGCAAUAUGUUGAUCCCAAACAGUUCGAUCCAAAAGUGUUUGCAGUCCCAAGUGAUGAUAAUAAAGACGAUGCAGGUCUUCAUAGGGGUGAGGAAAAUGAUGCACCAAUAGUUGAGCCAGUAUUCGAGCCAAAGGAGCCAGAGGAGGAACCAAUGGAGGAACCAAUGGAGGAACCAAAGGAGGAGCCAAAGGAGGAGCCAAAGGAGGAGCCAAAGGAUGAAAAUACACUAGAUCCUAGUAAAAAUGACAGCUCACCAUCUGAAAAACCGCUGCAGCAUAAAGAAUCGAACUUUUUGGAUUCAGUUAUGGGUGCUGUUGGUCUAGGAAAACAUCAUCAACCAUCCAAUACCGAAAUUACCUCACAGAAAGAUGGGACAAGUCCAGAUGACUAUAGCAAUGUACCAUCAAAAGUCGAAAAGGGCUCUCUGACAGAUAAAUCAAUUGCGGAUGCAGAUUCCGAAAAAUCUCAUGACCAGAUGCGCUCUCAUAAUGAAAUACCUGGUACUUUCUCUUCACACUCUAAAAGUUUAGUUGAUCCUUCCAAACCUACUUAUUCCACUACUGAGCACCGUGAAUAUACUUCAUCAGGUCCUCAAGGACACACUCGAAAUGUCUCCGUUGGCGAUGACGCUCCACAGGAUGCAGAAAUGUCAUCCCCACAUGAAAACAAAACUUCUGCGAAUGAUUACCACUAUGAUUCUUCACAAGAAGCAGUUCCUAGAUCAGCACAAAAAGAUCAACCACAAGAGGGCACAGAUCCUAAGGAAGAACACCAAAAUCUCAUUCAAAAGAUGCAGAAUCAGAUAAAGUCUUCUUUACGUUGA